ACGCAGUUGCGUAACGCGAACCACAUAAAAGAGUCGUUGCGAGUAAAAGCGGCAAGAGUUUAUUGUUGAAUUGUGGCGCUGCAUGAGGUGCCAUUUAGGAUAAUUAUUAUUUAUUAUAAUUAUAUUACUCACAGUUUAUUUAUUUUGGAAAAUGUUCAACAUUGUUUACUUAGUUUUUUUCGGAUAUUUAGUCAUUGUUAGUUCAUUCAAGAUAAUUGAUGAAACGUCACUUGGAGCCGAAAGUAAUGUGGAGAAUAAUAUUUCGGAUGUGUGCAAGACCAAAGAAUGUUACACAUUAUCCGAAUUUAUAAAAAAAGGAAUGAACGAUACAGUAAAUCCUUGCGAGGAUUUUUAUUCCUAUGUAUGCGGUUCAUGGCCGGUUAAUUAUCCAGUUCCUGAGGAUAAAUUUAAGUGGGAUUUAGACUCAAUGGUGGAAGAAAAAAUAAAUAUUAUUCUAAAAGGAAUUUUACAAAAACGAUCAAGGACUGAGGACAGUGUGCUAUUAAGUUUAGAGAAGAAAUGGUUCAAGUCAUGCAUGGAUGAAGAAAGAAUUAACAGAAAAGGUUUGGAGCCAUUGAGAAAUAUUAUCGAGGAAAUAGGAGGAUGGCCAAUGGCAAUGAAUAAAAGUGCAUGGGAAAAGAAGGAGAUCACUUGGCAGAAUGUCGCACAAUAUUAUGCGAAUAUUGUUGGCGGAUAUAGUUUAUUUAAUAUUGGAAUACAGCCUGAUUCAGAAAAUUCCACACGUCAAAUAAUCGCGAUUGAUCAGCCUGGGGAUUCUUUGAUUGAAACGCGAACUUACGGCGACAAAGAAAAUAGUUUUCACUAUAAAAAGUUUCUCUCGUAUAAUUAUAAUUUCGAUGAUAUUGAUGAUAAUGAUGAUGAUGAGGAUGAUGAUAGUAAAGAAACUGACGAUGCUGCUGUUAAAUAUGUGAGCCUUAUACUGAAAAUAGCUUUUGCUUAUUCAGCAUCCGCGGGAGGAAGCGAAAGAAAUAUCUUAAUUGAUACAAUCAAUUUGUUAAAGUUCGAAGUGGCCUUGAAAGAGAUUCAAACUCCACCUGAUAAAAAGGCCGAUAUGGAGUUGGUAAAUAAUAAAAUGCGAAUUAGCGAUUUUCAGAAGAGUUAUAAUCGGAAGAAACCUGGAAGAUAUACUGCUAGGAUUAAUUGGCUCGAAAUGAUUCAGGCCUUAUUCAAUAAUACUGAUAUCGUAAUUGAUGAAUCGGAAGAAAUAGCUCUACUCGAUAAACCUUAUAUUGAUAAAUUAGUUCAACUUUUGAAGCGUACACCUCAGAAAACCAUUGUCAAUUACAUUCACUGGAGUUUUAUAAGCGAUGUUCUUAAAUAUUUGGACGAAACAACAAGACAAUGGUUUUCCGAGACGGUCAACACUGCUAUGGGUGUCACCAAAGAUUCAGAAAGGUGGGAGGAUUGCUUAAGUAAUAUGCCUAUCAAGGACGGAAUGUCGAUCGAAUUCAUCAAAAGUCAAUUUCCUGAUAUGACAAAACAAACUGCGAGAGACAUGGCCGAGGAAAUCCGUAAGGAGAUCGAUACAGAAAUUUCGCGGGCCAAUUGGAUGAAUAGCGAAACUAAAACAUUGGCAAGGAAUAAACUUAAGUUAAUGGAUGUUCUUAUUGGUUAUCCAGAAUGGUAUUCUUCGACAACUGAUAUGAACGAUUAUUAUGAUGGGUUACAAAUUGGACCGGAUUAUUUUGAGAAUGCAAUUAAUUACUUCAAGUUUAUAACACGUAAUACAAUCAAGACUUUUAGGGAACCAUUUGACAAAAAUCAAUGGCUUAUGUCACCAAUCACACCAAAUGCCUAUUACCUUCCACCAACGAAUACUCUGACCGUUCCAGCCGCACAGCUUUUGAUUCCAAUAUUCCAUGCGAAUGUACCAGAUGCUUUAAAUUAUGGAUCUGUUGGUUUUAUUAUCGGUCACGAAAUGUCUCAUGGAUUCGAUAUCACUGGACGAAAGUAUGAUGGAAAUGGAAAUGUCAUUCCCUGGUGGUCAAGCAAAAUGAUUCGUGAAUAUGAGAAGAAGGCUAAAUGUUUUGUGGACCAAUUUAAUGACUACAAUGUAGACGGAAAACUAACUCAAGGUGAAAAUAUCGCCGAUACUGCAGGUUUGAAUGCAGCUUACGGAGCUUAUGUGCAAAAAAUAAAGAAAGACAAAAUUAAAGAUCAAACAUUACCAGGAUUGGAGAAUUUAGAUUCAAAGCAACUAUUUUUUGUUUCUUUCAGUGUGGCAUUUUGUCAGAGUGCAACGCAAAAAUUUUUAGCGAAAGUUGAAACUGAUGUACACACAAAAUCAUCUGCUAGAAUUAAUGGAGCUGUGGCAAAUGUUAAAGGAUUUAGUGAAGCGUUUAAGUGUGGAAAAGAUAAAAAAUGCACGCUAUGGACAAAUCUCAUCAUAAACGGUAUAAAUAAAACGGCAGAUCCGUGCAAUGAUUUUUAUAAUUAUGCUUGUGGUUCAUAUCCCACCAAUUAUCCUGUUCCUGAAGGAAAAUUAUUCUGGGAUAACCGUCAAAGAGUGACGAAAGAUGUUCGGGAUGCAUUGAUAAAAAUUCUGCAAGAAGAACCAAAACCCGAAGACAGUGUUCCAUUGUCUAUAGAAAAGAAAUUGUUCAAAGCCUGUAUGGACGAAGAAAGAAUUGAACGAAAAGGUAUAGAAGGACUCUCGAAAAUCAUAGAAGGUUCAGGUGGUUGGCCAAUGGUUAUGGAAGAAAAUAAAUGGAAGGAGGCAGAUUUUCCCUGGCAGAAAGUUAUGCAAGGAUAUAUUCAGCAAGAUGUUAAAACUCCGUUUUUUGGGAUAGGUUUUACUCCAGAUUCGAAGAAUUCCAGUAUUAAACGUAUAGCCUUAAAGAAGUCAAAAGGUGGCGACUUUUUAGAACAUGAAAUGUUUAAAAGAAUAUUUAAAUCAUUUGAAGAUGAAUUUGGCGAUUUUAUUACAUAUUUUGUAGUACUCGAGAAUAUUCUUCAAUUGCCAGGGUAUUAUGCAAGGAAUACUCCAAAUUACACUUAUGAUGGAGAAUUUAAUGGAAAAUCUCAAAUUAUGUUGUCCUUCAUGAGUGAAUUCAACUCGAUCGAAGCCUCCUAUAGUGAAGAAGAAGAAAAUAAAAUGACUAUUAGAGAAUUCCAAAAUUAUUAUGAUCGUAAUAAUUCAACGAAAAAUACAUCGGAGAUAAACUGGCUUGAAAUGAUUCGAGCGUUUUCAAGAGGCUCUAAAUUGAAUAUUGAUGAUUCUGAAGAAAUUGUAAUUAUGGGGGAUAAAUCGUACUUUGAUGCAUUAUUUAAACUUUUAGAUAAAACCCCUCACGAUGAGAUUGUUAAUUAUUUGCAAUGGAAUUUCAUGACAAGCCACCUUCUGUAUUCAAAUAAAUUCCUCAGAGAUUUCGCCAACGGAAUAGCACUAGCUAUAACAAAAGUUCCACUAGUGCCUGAAAAAAGAACCGAACAAUGCGGAGAUCAAAUGUUGUUAACUGAUGGAGUUUCAAAGGAGUAUUUGAAACGAAGUUUUCCUAUUAGUGUUUCUGAAACUGUUAAAGAAGCAGCCGAAGAUAUUCGCAAUGAACUUGAUAGUGGUAUAUCAAAAGCAAAUUGGAUGGAUGCGACAGCAAAAUUAUUGACUAAAGAAAAAUUGAGAGCAAUGAAAAUACACACCGGCUAUCCUGCAUAUUAUGACGAAAAAAAUUUUAAUAAGAUUUACGACGGUCUCGAAGUUGGCUUGGAUCAUUUUGAUAAUGUGAUGAAAAUUAAGGAAUUUGAGAGAAUUCUAGACGCGAAUGAAUUGAGAGAACCAUUUAAAGGAAAUGAGUGGUUUAUGGAACCUCUGGACGCUAAUGCUUAUUAUUAUCUUGCUGGCAACAGUUUAACCAUUCCAGCCGGAAUCUUAUUUCCUACAAUUUAUAAUAACAAAGAGUUAAUGUUAUCGAAUUAUGGUUCUUUUGGAUUUGUUAUUGGACACGAAAUGUCUCACGGUUUUGAUACGAAUGGGUACAAGUAUGACAAACAAGGUAAUGUCGGUUCUUUGUGGUCCGAUAAAGUUGAGAAGGAAUUCAAGAAAAAGGCCGAAUGUUUCGUAAAACAAUACAAUAAUUAUGGGGUAAACGGAGAAUUGACACAAUCCGAAAAUAUUGCCGAUGGCUUAGGACUCAAUGUUGCUUAUGCAGCAUUCCUCAAAAAAGCAGAAAGAUUCAGAGAUAUUAAAUUACCAAAUUUGGAAAAUGUUACUCCAAAUCAAUUGUUUUUCUUGAAUUUCGCCAAUAGUUUUUGUGAAAGUACGACUAAAUUUUAUGAUAAAGAAUCUGAGAAAGAUGUUCAUACGAAAACGUCUGUGAGAAUAAAUGGAGCCGUUGCUAAUGUUAGAGGAUUUGCUGAAGCUUUUCAAUGUUCGGGAAAUAGUCCUAUGAAUCCAAUCAAAAGAUACUGCUAUUUGCGUGCAACGUCUUUGACUUACAUAAACGGAAGGAAUAGAAUACUUUCAUCAUUGAAUGUCACUGUAUGUGAAACUGAAAGUUGUAAAGAUGUUGCUAAUUUAUUUUUGUCGUCGAUGAAUAAAACGGCUGAUCCAUGUGAAAAUUUUUAUGAAUACGUUUGUGGUUCUUGGUCCAAUGUGUGUCCAAUAAGUGAAGAGCGUUCAACGUGCACUAUAGAUACGGAAUUUGAAGAUGCGAUUCAACAAAGCUUGCAAGAAAUUUUGGAAGAUGACGCUAGAGACAGUGACAGUACAGCAUUGACACUAGAAAGAAAGUGGUAUAAAGCGUGUAUGGAUGAUGAAAGGUUAAGAGAAAAUGGUUUUGCACCUGUUGCGAAACAUAUAGAUAAUAAUGGAGGUUGGCCAUUGGUAAUGAAUUCUACGGAAUGGAAAGAAGAAGAAUUUCCCUGGCAAAAAGUCGCUCAAUAUUAUGCAAAAAUUUCCGGAAAAUACAGUUUAUUUACAAUUAGUCAGUUCCUAAAUCCUAAUAAUACUGAAAACAAGAUUAUAAUGUUUAACAGACUUGAUGGAGUUCAGUUGCUCUGGUCCUAUGACGAUUUGCUAGACACUGACGACGACAACUAUGGCAAUGAUUAUAAUUAUGAUGAUGAUAAUGAUAUUAAUGAAUAUGAUUUUGCCGAUGAUGAUGAUAUCGAUUAUACAAAUAAUAAAUUUCAUCGUCACAAUAGUAAUGAAAAUAGUUUUGAAAAAGAUUAUAAUGAUAAAAGUGAUGAUAGUUAUGAUGAGGAUUAUUAUUAUUAUGACGAUGAGGAGAUGGAGGAACUCGUUGAAAAAUUAAUAGAAGAUUAUGCAAAAUCAAUUGGACGCAAUGUGAAAAAUAUUACCGAUGAAAUCACUGAAAUUUUUGAAUUUGAAAAUGAUUUAUAUAAUAUAAUGAUAGAGACGAGAAAUGAAGAUUCAGAGAAUGAACAGAAUGUUAUGACAAUUGGUGAAUUCCAGAAAAUUUAUGAUAGCUAUGAACCUGUCAAUUUUACUGCAAAGAUUGACUGGUUAGAUAUGGUCCGUGCACUGGCAAAUAAUUCUGGCACUUACAUUGAUGAAUCGGAAAAAAUGUUGCUUUUCAGAAAACCAUAUUUUGAAAAAUUUGCUCAUCUUUUGGAUGAAACUCCAAAUCGAAUAAUUGUGAAUUAUAUUCACUGGGCAUUUUUUAGAGAUGCAACAGUAUAUUUACAUCAAGAAAAGAGACCUUGGUUUGAAGGUAUUGAUGGCGAUGACAGACCGGAAUAUUGCCUCGAACACAUGAUGGGACUUUAUUUUAACACUGGUUUCUCACAAGUUUUCAUCGAAGAUUAUUUUACAGAUGCUAUUAAGGAAUAUGCUAGUGAAAUAGCGGAGGAAGUGCGAAAUCAAGUGAGAACGGAUAUUUUAACUUCAAAUUGGUUGGACGAUGAAGCAAAAAAAUUGAUAAAUGAAAAAUUGGAAUCAAUGAAAUUUCACAUUGGAUAUCCUGAUUAUUAUAACAAUAAAACAUUUCUAAAUCAUCUCUAUGAUGGGCUCAAAGUGGGACCCGAUUAUUUUGAGAAUGUUAUUAAUAUGCUCACAUUUGAUAACGAUGACUUUUGGAGGGAACUUAGAGAGCCUUUCGAUAAAGACCAAUUUUUGUCAAAUCCUACAAUUAUUAAUGCAUUUUAUAACGAAUACGACAACAGCAUAACUAUUCCUGCAGCGGAAAUUCUUGUUCCUUUGUUUAAUUCGACAAUGCCACUAUCUGUAAAAUACGGCUAUUUGGGAUUCACUGUUGGUCAUGAAAUAAAUCAUGGAUUUGAUAAUGAUGGGCGGACUUAUGAUAGAGAUGGAAAUCAAUUACCAUGGCUUGCUGAAGAAUUAAUUAAUAAAUACGUUGAUAAUGCGAAAUGUUUCAUCAAUCAAUUUGAUGAUUACGGGGUGAAUGGAUCUCUUACGCAAAAUGAGAAUAUUGCCGAUACGGCAGGAUUGAGAUCAUCAUUUCAAGCAUACAAAACUAAAAUGAAAUCUGGAAACUAUCAAGAUGUCAGAUUACCGGGAUUAAAUGGUCUCAGUGGGGACCAAUUAUUUUUCAUUUCAUUUGCUGCCUCACUCUGCUCAAAUGCAAGUCCAGAACUUGAGGAAUAUUGGAUGCGAACAAAUGAGCAUUCAGUUCAACCUUAUAGAAUUAAUGGCGCUGUGUCUAAUUUACAUGAAUUUUCCAAGGCUUUUCAUUGUUCCGAAAGCAGUCCAAUGCAUCCAAAAAAUAAGUGCCAAUUAUGGAAGUGAUUUUUUUUUAAUGCAAGAACUUUGUUUUUCGAAAGAAAUUUUCUUGAAAUAGGUUUUAAAAAAUACUGGGAUUUUCAACAAGAAAGGAAAAUUUUAGAUUUUAU